AUGUUGUUAUUAAAAGUACUUACUAUUUCGACCCUGAUGGUCGCAUUUGCGACUUCCUCUCCUUUCAAGGAGCCAACAAGAGACAUUGACUCAAAUUUCGUCGUUAGAUCUUCUGAGAUUGGAGAAGCAGAUCAAGAAUUAUCAGCCUUGAAAAGAGGAUACGAUAAAUGGGAGGAGAAGAGCAAGAGCCACGAAACUACAAAAUCGAAACCUACGGAACAUUCCACCUCAUCAGCACAUGAGACUAGCUCUGGAUUUGAGACCACGUCGGAACAUAAGAAGCUGAAGCACAAGACUUCGUCCGAGCACAAGACUUCGUCUGAGCACGAGACUUCAUCUGAGUACACAACCACAUCAGAAUGCGAGACUUCAUCUGAAUCAGUGAUUCCCUCUGAGUCGACUACUUAUGAGUCUAAGACCUCUGUUGAAUCUACCUCAGAAGUCGAGUCUACCACACCAUGUGAAUCUUCUGAAAGUGCCUCAUCUGUUUCUCCUUCAGUUCCAGUAACAAACUCUUCCACCACUCACGUUACUUCAGAGACUCUGUCUUGUCCUGUUAUUACAAUCACUACCUGUGUUAACCACACCUGCUCAACAAUCCCAAUCACAAUCACUCCCUCAGAAACUGCGAGUGAAAGUAUAACUACUGAAGUGCCAUCAGGAAAUAGCACUGAGUUUAUCACGUCAACUAUUGCGCCAAAGACUUCAUCUCAAGCCCCAGUUGUGCCGGAAACCUCCGAAGGUACACCUGAAGCGCCAAAGACUUCACCUACAGUUCCAGAGACUACUCCAAAGUCUGUGGCUGAGGAAGUAGCCAGCUCUCCACCAGCUGGAAGUGCCGUCGAAUCAACAUCGGUAGUAGGAACAAGUCCCGCAGUAGAAGUACCUUCAAGCAGUCCUUCUGUGGCAGAGCAAUCAGAAAAUGCCGGAAUGAUUAUUCAAAUGCCAUUUGUUUCUCUCUUAUCAACAUUGGUUAGUAUGUUUUUGGCCAUCGUUUGA